UCUCCGGGAGUUAUUUUUGUGGCACACUGGCAUGGAAAGGUAGUUCCAUCUCUUUGACAGACUUCACUGACGCUAGUUAAGCACGAGUACGUUGUUGGUUUUCUAGGAACUAUUAAAAAGCAACAGUUGCCAGAACAAUGGCACAAAAUCACGUGUCAGGGAUGGAGACAUCUGCCGUCUCCGUCCUGAAACGGGCGGUGGAGCUGGACCAGAGCGGCCGCUUUCAGGAGUCUCUGGUCUGCUAUCAGGAGGGCAUCCAGCUGCUCAUUGACGUGCUGAAAGCAGCUGUGACAGAUGACUCAAAGAGAGGGCACUACAGGGAGAAGAUAAAGGGCUACAUGGACAGAGCGGAACAAAUCAAAGCUCAUGUGAACCAGCUAAAAGAAGACGGGAAGUAUCAUGAGCAGAUUAGAAUAUCCGAGGAUGCUACUGGUCACAGCUAUGAUGCUCUGUUCAAACCAUACAUCAGCAGCACACUCACAGAGGUCUGGGUUGAGGACCCAUACAUACGACACACCCACCAAUUGUACAACUUUGUGCGGUUCUGUGAGAUGUUGCUAAAAGCGCCCUGCAAGGUGAAAAGGAUCCAUCUCCUCACUUCACAGGAUGAGGCAGAUAGCAGCCAACAGAGCAGCGCUUUGGCCGAGCUGAAAGAGAGUCUGAGUGCUCAGGGAGUGACUCUGGAUCUGCAGUACUCCUCCACCAUCCAUGACAGGGAGAUCAGGUUUGACAAUGGUUGGAUCAUAAAGAUAGGAAGAGGGCUGGAUUACUUCAAGAGACCUAAGGGCCGAUUCUCUAUUGGAUAUUGUGAUUAUGACCUCAGGCAGUGCCAGGAGACCACUGUGGACAUUUUUCAUACCAAACACACAAAAACACUAUGAGAUUCUUGAAGCUUAAAUGAUCUGUUUUCUAACUCAAGGGACUUCAUUUGCCUAUCUGCCUUCAAAAUGCACAUUUAUAUCUACUGUGUUUGCCUCAUAACAAUUGUGCAACUGAUCAAUGUUUGUCAGAGGUUAUGAUAUGCUUCUGCUUCUACAGUUGUAUAAUUCAAUGUUGUAUAUUUCUGAUGCAUUCUUCUCCAUUACCCCUUUUUUAAUUUUAUAAAUUUCCUCUGUAUUACUGGUGAUUAACAGCGAGGGUGCUUUUUAAGGUGUCAUACUGCCAUCUGGUGGGAAAAAAAUGCUAUUUAAAUUAUAUUAAAAGUACUUUUAUAAUAUC